GAAUGCUGUCCAAGCAAUGAAAUGCUCAAAAUAACUGCUUCCAAACCGAUUGAUUUACCAUUAAUCCGGCAUUUCCCAAUAUAAUGUAAAUGCAAAUCAAAAGCAGUUCCAAUGUAUUUAAUACUGAACCAAUGUCCGGGGCUAAAGCACAUAACCAGAACCUUUGAAGUAAAGUCAAGGAAGGCGGAGAGGAGGCUUGUCUCCCUGCCUUUCUUCCUCCUGGUUAACUAGACAUGUGAUUAGCAUUGCUGUCUGCUACUUAGUUUGCCCCACAGUCAGCCUGGUCUGCCUUCAGAGGAAAUACUGCCUGCAGGCUACUCUGUGAACACCAAGCACCAGGCAGCCUGCCAGCUCACAGGCAUCAAAUUCAUAAUUAUGCCUGGCACCACAACAGGCAAGAAGCUGGAUCUCUCCAAGCUCACAGAUGAGGAGGCCAAGCAUGUUUGGGAAGUUGUCCAGAGAGAUUUUGAUCUGAGGAAGAAGGAGGAGGACAGACUUGGGGAGCUAAAGACCAAGAUUGAAAAAGAAGACACCAAGAGAGAGUUGUUGGGCAACCAGACCAGUCUGACUGAGUCUCACUGUAUUCGAUGUCUCCAGCCCUUCAAGUUCCUGGUCAACAGCAAGCGUCAGUGUCUCGACUGCCAGCUGUACAUCUGCAAGUCCUGCAGCCGCUACAACAAGAAGGACCACGGCUGGGUGUGUGAUCCAUGUCGCAUGGCCAGGGUCCUCAAGAUCGGUACUUUGGAGUGGUACCACGAAAAUGUUCGUGCCCGCUUCAAGCGCUUCGGCAGUGCCAAGGUGAUGCGAUCACUCUUCAAGAGGUUGAGCGGCGAACAUAGUUGCUCUGGAAAUGACCUUGAAGCAGAUGGCUAUGAGGAGCACAGUAUGGACGCAGAUUCACAACGCUACGAAGGGAUGAAAAAGGCCAAAAGGCGGCUAUCUGUCGAUCCCUUUGAAUUCGAGCUGGGCUGUGACUACUCCAUCGAAUUAAGAAGGUCAAAUCAGGUCCCAGUCUCCCAUGACAUCAUGGACAUGGAUGUAGGUGUGAGGGAGUCGCUGCUUGCUGAGGCUGAUAUGGCCUCUGUUUUCCACCAGCUUUUGGAGGAGCAACGCAAAGAUGACCUUGCAUACCCAGACAGCCAAACUAUUCCAUCUCGCUCCAUCUCCCGGCUCAGCUACUCCUCAUGUGGCAGUGGUAGUGCUUGGGGCCCCCGGGGCAGCAGCAGCUACCUGCCCGGCCCUGAUAACUCAGAGGAGGAAGAUGACCACGGCCAGCCCUACCCUCUCUACCAGUCUCACCCGGGGCCCUGCAACCACAUCUCCCAGGAGAGCCAGAACUCACCAAACCCUCCGCCACAGAUCACUGACCUGAACAGACGCAUGUCAGCUGUUGAGACCCUCUUGAACCACUUAGAGCAGAAGGUCACCUCAACAUACGACCAGACCAACCAGGCUCCUCUGACUCCAAACAGCACCUCUCCUCUUCCUCAGUGGGAGGAAGUGGACUUAGAGGAGCAGCAGCUAAGACAGAAGCUGCACGAGAUGACGGACAACAUUAGUGACCAUAGCCUAACCUCUGAUGAGGACGAGUCCAACAGGCCACACUCCUCCCAAGAGAUCCCAGCAUGGAGGAGCCCAGACGGGGAUGCCAAGCCCACCAGAUUACCUACCAGACCCACAUCCAGAACAAGCAUCAUUGUCCCCAAACUUGAGGAGGAGCAGCCUCAGCUGACUGACUCUCAAAAGACAAACCAUUCAACAGAGAGCCUGGAGAGGAAGUGGCACCCCCUACAGGAGGGAUCCAAGGCAGGCUUUAAAGGCUCAGCAGCCUUACUGGUUGAGCUGGAGGACAAGGUAGCUCAAGCAGCUGCCAACGUCCAGAGCGCCCAGAGUGAGGUCUCCUACAUAGAGAACAGGAUUGCUGCCCUGAACGCUGCCGGCAUGCCAGUGGAUAGAAGAAGAAGGUCUGCAAUCCCGAUCCAAGCAAGAAGACUUUCCCACAACUUUCCCACAAGCCAGGCGGACAGGUUUGUGAGGAACUCCCUCUACAGGGGCUCCCUGACACAGAGGAACCCAGUGGCGAAGCCCAAGACCAGGGCUACCAGUGCGAAACCAGUAAUGACUCAGGGCUCAUGAGGAGGAGGCUGAGCAUUAUGUGACUACCAGGUUUUUCUUGCGACAACAUUUGUUAUUACAGUUUGUAAUAAACUGAAAUUGAGCUAGAAUGAAAGAGAUUCCUAUUUCUGUCAACCGGGAUGGGAGUGCUUACAUUUAUAUUUACAAAUGUUUGUGAUAUUGUUGUGUUAUUUUACUGGGCUACAUCCUUACCAUAUUUAUAGUACAUGUUGGAGUUACACAAGGCCUGCAUCUUAGGGAAUACGUCUGAUUUGCAUACAUUAACAUGCAAGUUAAUGCAUUCACCUUAACGUGCAAAAGCAUUUGCAGUUGCCGUGGUAAUCUGAAAUCUAUAGUUAGUUAUUUAUUCCAAUGUUAAAUAACAUUAAAGCAACAUUUUAAAUUGUGCUAUUUUUCUUCCGCUGGUAGUCAGCCAGCCCAAAAACAGUGCAGUAACAAACUACGAAUCAGUUUGAAACACUUUUACAUUUUCUAAACAUUUUUUUUACAUUUUGUGAUGUAUAUGAAUCACAUACAUAUAGACAUCUAUGCACAUUCCCUGUGUGUAUUAUGUCAUAUCUAAAAGGUAUUUAUAAUAAACUUGUAAAUAUUCUACAUACUUAUGCCAAUAAUAGCUUAAAGGAAAUUUGACUUUUUAGUACUUCUACAUAAUCAGUAGUUUUAUAUUGACAACUUAUUUAUAAGGUGGUACAGCUGAAAGUCAAACUGCAUUUGAAAAUGCUCCUACAGUUGGGACUUGUAGUUAAUUUUUUAAAUUGGCAAGUCUCAUAAUUGAAUGUAGUUUUUCUUGUAUUUUGCAGCAACACAAUGCAAACAGAAACAUGAACUAUUCAUUUUCCUUAUUGUAAGUUCAGUUGAUUGGGAAUUAUUUGAAAGUCAAUGAUGCACUUUACAAAUGUAUAAGUGUUUAUGUCAAAUGUUGUUAUACCGUAGUAGAUGAUAAAGGAAUUGCCUGAUUUUUGAUUGGAAGAUGGUUUAAUGAUUUUCAUUGAUUGUAUGCACAAUACAGACUGGUGACGAGCUAAAGGAAAAACCUAAAUUAAAGAGUGGAGAAACGCACAGAUGCAGAUGUGUCCAUGCAGGAUCACUAAAUGAUUUACAAUGAUUUAAAUCAUAUCCUAUGGCCUUUUCAGUCGCAGAUUUUCCUUGAAUUAGUCACCCAUCUGUAGAUUUUUAAAACUGAAUUCUGUUUUACUUUAUUUUCAGCCAUACACUUUGAGAUCACCAUUUGUACCCACUACUGAGAGAAAUGAAACUCCCCAGUGGCAACACUGAGGGUUUGUGCUCAAGUUUUUCUAAAUCACUACUAAACAGAUUGUUUCACGCCUCAGAUUAAUUAUAUGUGUAACAUUUUUUGUCUCAUUAGUCUUAUUAAAUUUUUUAAUAACUAAACCAAUA